UCCAAGAGAUGGAAGUUGCCAAAGUUCUUCACAUGAAUGAAGGAAUUGGAGAGGCUAGCUAUGCCAAAAAUUCUCUGCUUCAGCAAAAGGUGAUCCUAAUGACAAAGUCAAUAAGAGAUAAAGCCAUAUGUGCACUCUACCGCAGCCUUUCCCCAGAAACUAUUUGUAUUGCGGACUUAGGUUGUUCCUCUGGACCUAACACUUUCCUUGCAAUUUCCGAACUCAUUAAAACUAUUUAUGAAGAAAGCAAAAUCAAUGGCCAAAAACAGUCGCUUGAAUUUCAAGUUUUCUUGAUUGAUCUUCCCAGAAAUGAUUUCAAUACCAUUUUCCGGUCGUUGCCGGCGUUCUACGAAGAUUUGAGGAAACAAAUGGGAGAUGGAUUUGAUCCUAAUUGCUUUGUUGCAGGAGUUGCUGGUUCAUUCUAUAAUAGACUUUUCCCUUCCAAGAGUAUACACUUUGUCCACUCCUCUUACAGUCUCCACUGGCUUUCUCAAGUACCCGAUGGAAUAGAGAAUAAUAAAGGAAAUAUUUACGUGACAAGUACAAGCCCACUAGAUGUGGUUAAAGCGUACUACGAGCAAUAUGAAAGAGAUUUUGUAAAUUUUCUCAAGUAUCGCUCAAUAGAAUUGGUGAAAGGUGGGCGCAUGAUAUUGACCAUGCUAGGUAGAAAAAAUGAAGAUCGCUAUAGCAAAGCUUGUCGCUACUACUUGGAGCCUUUGGUCAUGGCUCUCAAAGAGCUAAUUGUUGAGGGAUCAAUAGAAGAAGAGAAAGUAAAUUCAUUCAACAUUCCUGGAUACUGUCCAUCUCCUGCAGAAGUGAAGUAUAUAGUUGAAAAGGAGGGAUCUUUCACCAUUGAUGUCUUGGAAACUUCAGAAAUCCAUAUGGAUUCUUUUGAUGAAUACAAUGCGACACAGUGCAUGAGAGCUUCUACUGAGCCUUUACUUGUCAGCCAUUUUAGUGAUGAACUAAAUAUGGAUCAAGUGUACCACAAGUGCAGAGAGAUCUUUGUCAAUGGCAUAGCAAAAGAGAAGACUACGUUCACAAAUGUUAUUGUCUCCUUGACCAAAAUAAACUAGGGCAAUUAGUUAAUGCACACUACAAGAAAAAUGCUCAAUAGCGAAGGAAAAACUGGUCCCUAAAAGUAAGAAAUUGGUCGCAAAUGCUCAAUAGCGGCCAGCUAAUCUGGUCCUUAUAGCCUUCGUCGCUAAAGGUUAUUAAGGACGAGAUAGUGGGCUGGUCGCUAAAACAGUUUCGCGACCAGUUUCAAAUUGGCCGUUAAAUGUGUUUUCAGGACCAUGUUUCUGGUGCUUAUUUGCAUAUUUUAGGGACUAAAUAUCUGGUCCUUAAAAUAUUUUCGCGGCUAGUUUAAAUAUGGUCGUUAAAACGUUUCACGGCCGGUAAAUUUCUUGUCCUUAAAAUAUUUUCGCGGCUAGUUUAAAUAUGGUCGUUAAAUCGUUUCACGACCAGUUAGAAGCUUGCCGUUAUAUCUAUUCAGAGAAGUUUAAAGCUGAUCCCUAAAGAAACAAGUCACAAGUCCCUAAAUCACAUUUAGUUUGCAACUAGAAAAUCGGAAAUAUUAAUAUAUAGAUAAUGUUGCUUUCAUAAAAUAAUACAAAAAAUGAUCAACAUCAGUUAAUUAGUUGAAUCGUACAUCAAUGAUUUAAGCUAGUCACAAUAUUGUGUUCAUAAACAUUUAGCAAAAAACUACAUAUACUAAUAAUAUCCCUCGAUUGUAAUGUAAAAUUUUCUUGAAAUUCCAAGCAAAAUUGUGGUUGAUCUCUAUGUCGUCAAAAAUCGGCUUUCUCGUAAACUUCAAUAUCCAAAACCUGUUGAAGAAAUAAGAAUUCAGUUAGAAAAACCAUAUAUAACAGACGUAUAGAUACUCAAGUCUCAAGGGGGAAUCCCGGGAGAAGCUCAAUAGGAUAUGUGCUGAGGAAUGAAGAGGGACAAGCAAUGUAACAGUGGCUCACACCCUCAGAGAAGGAAACAAAUUAGGUGAUCAUUUAGCUAACUAUGCUCUGGACUUUGGAGAUAUUGAAGCAAAAAAUUUCUGGGAGUUGGAUACACAAGGAAGGAAAAUAGUGAAUGAUGAUAAGUCACAAUGCCUAUAUAU